CGAGUAGCCGGGCUGGGCCGGAGCGCGGGCGGCGGCGGAGGCAGCAGCGCCCGCGCCCCCCGCCCUCCCAGGCCCCGCGCCCCGCGUCCGGGCCCCGGCGAUGGUGACACAUGCGGCGGCGGCGCGCCGGCGGCAGGACCAUGGUUGAGCGCGCCAGCAAGUUCGUGCUGGUGGUGGCGGGCUCGGUGUGCUUCAUGCUCAUCCUGUACCAGUACGCGGGCCCGGGGCUGAGCCUGGGCGCGCCCGGCGGCCGCGCGCCGCCCGACGACCUGGACCUGUUCCCCACGCCCGACCCCCACUACGAGAAGAAGUACUACUUCCCGGUGCGCGAGCUGGAGCGCUCGCUGCGCUUCGACAUGAAGGGCGACGACGUGAUCGUCUUCCUGCACAUCCAGAAGACGGGCGGCACCACCUUCGGCCGCCACCUCGUGCAGAACGUCCGCCUCGAGGUGCCCUGCGACUGCCGGCCGGGCCAGAAGAAGUGCACCUGCUACCGGCCCAACCGCCGCGAGACCUGGCUCUUCUCCCGCUUCUCCACCGGUUGGAGCUGCGGGCUGCACGCCGACUGGACCGAGCUCACCAACUGCGUGCCCGGCGUGCUGGACCGCCGCGACCCCGCCGCGCUGCGCACUCCCAGGAAGUUCUACUACAUCACCCUGCUGCGAGACCCCGUGUCCCGCUACCUGAGUGAGUGGCGGCAUGUGCAGAGGGGGGCCACGUGGAAGACGUCGCUGCACAUGUGUGACGGGCGCACGCCCACGCCCGAGGAGCUGCCGCCCUGCUACGAAGGCACGGACUGGUCGGGCUGCACGCUGCAGGAGUUCAUGGACUGCCCGUACAACCUGGCCAACAACCGCCAGGUGCGCAUGCUGGCCGACCUGAGCCUGGUGGGCUGCUACAACCUGUCCUUCAUCCCCGAGGGCAAGCGGGCCCAGCUGCUGCUCGAGAGCGCCAAGAAGAACCUGCGGGGCAUGGCCUUCUUCGGCCUGACCGAGUUCCAGCGCAAGACGCAGUACCUGUUCGAGCGGACGUUCAACCUCAAGUUCAUCCGGCCCUUCAUGCAGUACAACAGCACGCGGGCGGGCGGCGUGGAGGUGGACGAGGACACCAUCCGGCGCAUCGAGGAGCUCAACGACCUGGACAUGCAGCUGUACGACUACGCCAAGGACCUCUUCCAGCAGCGCUACCAGUACAAGCGGCAGCUGGAGCGCAGGGAGCAGCGCCUGAGGAGCCGUGAGGAGCACCUGCUGCACCGGGCCAAGGAGGCGCUGCCGCGGGAGGACGCCGAGGAGCCAGGCCGCGUGCCCACCGAGGACUACAUGAGCCACAUCAUUGAGAAGUGGUAGUGGCGGUGGUGGCCAUGGGGAGGCCUCUCGGGGGAUGUGGGGGGUAAAACAGGACAGACGACAGGGCCACCCAAGACUGUCACGGGAAGAGCAGCCCACACCUGCUCCACGGAGGUAGCUGCAUCCUGAAAGAAAAACAGCAGGGACAUGGUGCAGCUGGGCGGGGGCGGGGGUGAGGAAUCAACAGGGGCAGCCCAGUGGGUCCAAGGAAAGCGUGCUCCAAGGAUGCCACGGGCAGGGCAGGGCAGGGCCUCCAGAGCAGGGGUUGUGCCUGCUCUCCUGGCCCCCUUGGAUUUAUCACGAAAACUGAAGGUUUGCACAAGAGACAAGGACAGCGGAAAGUGGACCUGCCAGGCUGGGAGUGUGUCCCUCACCAACUAUGCACACCGCUCGCUCUCAGCUCCGCAGUCCAGGCCGCUAGGAGUGAGACCAGCUUCCCGCAACUGCCCCAGCUCCAGGCCAUCUCAUAGCCCCUCCCCCUCUGGCUGCCCACAAUGCCCCAGGGCCUGGGGAGCCUCCCCCAACCCGCUCACUCAUCCAUAGCUCCCUCAAUUCAGGGCCCACCCCAUCUGAGGCAGAGAACACUCGAGUCCAGCCCCCAGGAAGCCCACUCCCCUCUCUGGUCCAUGGUCAGAAUCCACAGUCCUGCUCCAUGCUUUGGGUCAGGAGGCCAAAGCUGACGUGCAGGCCCCCACCUACUUCCUGCAGUCCUCAGACCAAGGCGGGGUUUAGGGAGUGGGCUCAGGCAGCAUUACAGCUGCCUGUUGGCAGACUGGCAGCCCAGGAGUGGGGAGGCUUUGGCCAGGGAUCCUGCCACUUGUGCCUGAGUCCCCGGCUUAGGAGGUGACCACACAGGCACACCUGGCUCAGACAGGGAGAGCUGGAACCGAGAGCUCCCCUGUGUCUGUUCUCCUUUCUGACCCACUGGGAUUUGCUGGCAGGCUGCUCUGGCCCCAUCACCAAGACAUGUACUUGAGAGCUCAAAUACCACUGCUCCCACCAGCAUGUGGAUGAAGUUCACCAGGCUUCCAUCGGCUGGAGCCUGGGACCAUAGCCCCUGCCCAGGAGCCAUCCCCUCGGGCCACAAUUGAUGGCCGGGAACGGGGACUCGAGCCUUCACAUUCUCAACUAGCCUUGGCAAAACAGCUAUAGGUGGCUUCCCUGUCACCAGAUACUCAGCCCUCCCCACCCCCUUGCAAAAGGCUGGCCAUGCUCUGUUCCAGCAGCACCACAGGUUUCCCCACCGGCUGCGAUUGCCCUCCUAAAAGCCAUGUUGCAUAUCUGUUGUAAGCGCCUGCCCUGUGCCCUGUCCCAUCCCUUGUGCCCUAGGAAGCCAGGCUGGAGUCUGUAGGAGGGCCCACCCAGGUGCCCUGGGUCCCCCAGAUAGCAGAUUGGUGUGCUCAGGCUGUAGGCUGACUCAGAGGCAGGGCGGUGGGCUCUGCAGGCCAACUGGCUGGGACUCGCAGUGGUCCUCUCUCCUGCCCCCGCUUUCACUCAGCCACUGCAACUGCCCCGCCAUAGGGUGGAGAUGUGGGUGGGUCACCAUGGGCAUGGGCACAAGCGCCUUCCUCAGUACAGGAAAGUGUGGUCAGAUGAGGUUGCUGCCGCUGAGGUCUGGCAUGCAGGCCCCUGGCCCCAUUUUACUUUGGGGAGCAAGGACAGGGUGGUCAACAGCACAGGGUGGAUGGCACAGUGCAGGACCACCUCCCUGGUAGGAGUGUCACAGUAAGGAAGUGGGUGCCACAAGGGAAUUUAGUGGUGUGGUUCUUUCAAAGGGAGGUCAGGGUCACUGGGAAUCUGCUUGGACACAACACUGGGGCGGGGUGCGCUACUGGGAGCAGGAAGAACGUGUUCAGGGGAGCAUGGGGGUCUUGCACAAGCCACGUGGGGCACCAUGGCCUCCCAGCAGGAGGUACACACCCAGCCAGAGGCCUGGCUUAAGGUGACCCCUCCACCAUGGCCUUCCUGGGCACGCGGGCUCGAGCGUAGGUUCUGUUUUGUACAUAUUGGAAUAUGUGUUAACUUAUGCCCCGCGUCCCAACUCACAGAAGCACGGGUCUCUCCUCAGUCUCUUUGCUGCACUUAGAAAGCAGUCUCCUCUUAAGCCAGCACCAGGCGGAGGGUUCAGAGGCGGCGGCAGCUGGCAGUGCCCUUAGCCCCCGAGUGGUCCAGCCUGGCACUUCCCAUUCAGACCACCUGCUUUGGGUCAACAGUUCCUUUGCCUGCAGCAUCUCCUACAUUGUAAGGACUCUGUCCACCUGGGGGAUGGAAGCAGGCAGGCAGCGGAGCUAACAGUGUAGUCACCAGGACCCCCAGACCUGCAAACGUCCCCUGGAGGGGGAAGCCAGGAACAGCAGAACUUCCUACACAAGGCUGUGAACUUUUCGGGAACUGGAACUGUUUAACUUGAACCCAGGAUCGUUUAAAGCUUUAUUUAUUUAUAGCUUCUUCUUUAAAAAAACAAAGUGUUGAGAAGAAAAUUUUUUGGUUAUUCAUACAAAAAAACAAGUUAAUGAUGGAAAAGCAAGUCAUAAUCAUCUAAUUGUUUUUGUCUAGGUCAAGAAUGAAUGUUAGCCGAUGAAAUAAACCCUGACAAGGA